AGCUCGACGACGACAGCUCCUUCGGCUCAUUUCGGAGACGGCCAUUACUAACGGAGUCGAUGACUUUUCAUUACACGAUAAAAACACGUCGGGGCGUUAUUCAGAACUGCAGCCCCUUUGGAGAUAUUUAGGCUCCAGAUCCUGGCCUUUUUUUUUUUUUUUUUUUAAUUUUUUUUUUUUAAUUAAUUAAACCUCGGAAGCGAGCCCGGGCUGGAGUAGGAGGGCGCUAACACUACGCGGAGCUGAAUUUCAAAUUACGUAACAGCUCAGGCAGCCAUUACCGACCGGUUGUACGGUACUCUCGAGCAGGAAUACGUAAACCAUGAAGAACAUGAGGGAAAAGGAGCAGUUCCGCAAACUGUUUAUUGGCGGCUUAAGCUUUGAAACCACAGAAGAAAGCUUGAGGAGUUACUAUGAGCAAUGGGGAAAGCUUACAGACUGUGUGGUAAUGAGGGAUCCCGCAAGCAAAAGAUCAAGGGGGUUUGGUUUUGUAACGUUCUCUUCUAUGGCUGAAGUCGAUGCAGCUAUGGCUGCAAGACCUCACACGAUUGAUGGAAGGGUGGUUGAGCCUAAGAGAGCUGUGGCUAGAGAGGAAUCCGGAAAACCUGGUGCUCAUGUUACUGUGAAAAAAUUAUUUGUUGGUGGUAUUAAAGAGGACACUGAAGAGCACCACCUUCGUGACUACUUUGAGGAAUAUGGAAAAAUUGACACCAUUGAAAUCAUUACUGACAGACAGUCUGGUAAAAAGAGAGGGUUUGGAUUUGUUACAUUUGAUGACCAUGAUCCUGUGGAUAAAAUUGUAUUGCAGAAGUACCACACCAUCAAUGGCCAUAAUGCAGAAGUAAGGAAAGCUCUCUCUAGACAGGAAAUGCAGGAAGUUCAAAAUUCUAGGAGUGGGAGAGGAGGGAACUUCGGUUUUGGUGAUGCUCGCGGAGGUGGCGGCAACUUUGGUCCAGGACCUGGCAGCAAUUUCAGAGGGGGAGCUGAUGGAUAUGGAAGUGGCCGUGGAUUUGGUGAUGGAUAUAACGGAUAUGGCGGAGGACCUGGAGGUGGAAACUUUGGUGGUAGUCCUGGUUAUGGAGGAGGAAGAGGAGGCUAUGGUGGAGGAGGACCUGGAUAUGGAAACCAGGGUGGGGGCUAUGGAGGUGGUUAUGACAACUAUGGAGGAGGCAAUUAUGGAAGUGGAAACUAUAAUGAUUUUGGCAACUACAACCAACAACCUUCAAAUUACGGUCCGAUGAAGAGUGGAAAUUUUGGUGGCAGCAGGAACAUGGGGGGACCAUAUGGUGGAGGAAACUAUGGUCCAGGGGGCAGUGGAGGAAGUGGUGGAUAUGGAGGGAGGAGCCGUUACUGAGUUUCUUCAAGCAUGCCAUGGCUAUGAUAUGAACCCUGGACAAGCAUAGACUGCUGCCACUGUACACUGCUACAGUUGAACAAAUGAGACCUGCAAGUGUCCAUUAGUAAAGCUUUGCAAGGGUUCCAUCCCUGGUGUUGGUAGUUAAAAUGGUAGGUCACAAGUUAAUUAAAUCAUACAACUUUAUUUUUGCAUCCUGCAACAUUUUCUUUUUUCUUGGGAGUCUAUGCAUUAUGGUGGUUGCAAGGUAAUGCAAUGAAGGUAGUUCUGUGCUGUUGAAAAUGAACUAUGUUGUUACGUGUCUUGUCUGCUGUAAUCUAUUCUAUAUAACACAUUUCAUCCUGAAGGUUCCCAAGUAACUGUAGACUGUUUACGUGUAAGGAAAGUUGCACCACAGAAUACAUCUGCCUCUGUGAAGGAAUGUGUCGUCCAUUCUUUUAACAACUGCAUAAGCAGUUCUUUAGGAGGGGAAGUGAAACCUUCAAAUGAAACUGCAGGUGGUAUUUCAUAAGUGUACAAUGUAUUUAUGUAAAUUGGAAUUUGGCUAGAAUGUUGAGGUUUCCACCAUUUUUUAUAGUUCUUGCAGCUAACAAACCUUAGUGCCAAAUUUAUUCAGCCUUACUCUCACUGCAUUGAAUGUUUGCACCUCAAAUUGAUGGAAAUUUAUCAAGUAAUGAAUGAGUUACUCAGAGUAAGGGUGGUAUACUCUACUAGAUUUGGUUUUAAAAUAAAAAUCAACAAAACCUAUCCAAAAAAAAAGGCAACCAAAAAUGCCUUAAUUUCAAAGUUCAUAGCCUCUAAAAGGCUACCUACUGAAGAACGUGGACUCAGCUAACAAAAGUCCUGUUCCUUUUGUGUUAGACACACCAGUGAACUGCUUAUACUUUUUUUUAAAAAUGGCUGAAGUUCCCCUAUUGGUAAUUUGGUUUAGACAUAUGUGAUAAACAUCUUCAGAUACACUUUUUUUUUCUUUGGCAGGAAGGUGCCAUGCUGCAGGUAACUAAUGAAGAAGUGGUCAACCACAGAAACGCUUCAAGAAAUAAGAAAUUCUGUAUCAUCAGAAAAUAGUUGUUUUUGCUGCCUUCAUUAAAAAUCUAGAGGUUAAAUGAAUACUGAUAAAACAUCACAAUUAGUACAGCUCCCUGUAAUGAUGGGUUUUUUAAAUUAUAGUAAAAAUGUCUUGUAAACCUUUCGAAUAAAAUUCAGAUUCGUUAGGAGAAACAAAUCACUAAUGUUAAAAUAGCAAACAUUCUGUGAGUAGAAAGUUUAACUACAUAUAUUUAUAACUUUCAUAGCUUUAAAAUAAAAGUAUUUUUAUACCAAAAUAGUUCUAGUGUAAUGCUUAAUAAAAACUUAGUGCGUAUCUAACAUUAAAUAAUGUUUAUGUUUAGACCCUUUCAUGAUUUGAAACAUUCCAUUUUGAGGUGAAUUUAAAACAGAAUCAGUUUGACAAGUGUGUUCAUGGAACUUGUUUCUCUGACCUGGGCAUCUGUUCUCUUUUGGGAGAAACAGUGCUGCAAAUUUAAAGUGCUGAUGUCUUUGCUGUUGGACACAAGUGCUUAAAAGUAGCUUUUUUGACUGUGUUUUAUAUUACCUCAUACUUUCCAGUUAAUGAAACUACAACCUAAGUCAGUUUACCAGAUUGCAAUAGGACAAGGGCUUUAUCAUUUGCACUUUUAAAGAGCUUUUAGCGUGAAGACAGACAGACUGACUAGAAUGUAGAGUUCCUGCUGUACAAAACUGUAUUGCCCAUAGCUGCAUCUGGAAGAAAAAUACCAAAACAAAAAAUGCCAAACCAAACAAAACCACUAAAACAAACACUAAGUGUGAGCUUGGGAAAGCUUCAGUUGAGAGUGUAUUUAAGGGAAGGUGUCUUGAGGUUAUACUGUUUUAACCACUUAUCUUCAUGCAUGGUUUAUUCAAUACUUGAUAUUUAUAUCCUUUGGCAGAAUCAUUGUGUCUUUAACCUUUAUAAUACUGUUUAAAGAUUCACAUACAAUUUUUUUUUUCUGUUUCUUAAGUUAAACUUUGAAAUACUUGCAUAGGUAACCAGCAGGCUGCAACGGAAGCAGAAAACGAAGACGCACAAAUCCUGCUUUACUUUCUUCUUUCCAACAGAAUGACCAGAUCAUAAGGAAUUUGCCUUCUUUCCUAUAACUUAGAUGUAGUUGAUGGAAGUUUUUUCUUUACAGUUGCCAAGUCCACAUUCAUAUACAAUUUUUAAAAACUAACAAAACCACUUCAAAGGGCUCUAAUUAUUUUCUGUUUAAAGUACUGUUUCAGUAGUUUAGCAACACAGUUUCAAAUUCAGUUGAAUUGAGUGUGUUUUCCAUAAUGAGGAUGUUCUCAUUUUGAUCUCUUGGCAGUGGGGGAAGGGAGCACGUAGGGGGACAGCACUGUGCAAGAAUGAAGUUACUCGGGAUAUUUAAAGUCUUGAAAACCUGGUGUAUUUAAGUUUCCUGAUGUCCUGCUAUUGAACUUUCCUGACUUUUCUCUUUGUAUGGCCUUAAAAGUUAAGGCAUGUGACAGUCAACAACUGUUUACUAAUGAAUGUGGUAAGAGAAGUCCCAGUUUCGAAUCAACCUGAUACUGAAAGUUAGCAGCUUCAAAUAAAAGUGCUAUUGUGUGGUCAGUUACUGGUCAUCAGUUGGUAGACAAUGGAUUCUUUCUAUCAAGUGGGAUAUUUCACUACAGACAUUGUCUUCGUGUAACAUUUACAGUGCUUGUAGGUACUAACAGCUGAGGAUCAGGUUGUCAGUACUAGGUCCAGCUUUCCCCCAACAAACACUUUGUGCAGCAAAGGGAGGGAAGAAAGGAAAACAAUAUAAUUUGUUGAUAAUUGUUAUGUGAGCCAGAGAACACACAAAAGCUGGGUAUGACUUGUAUUUAUAAAGUGAUGGUGAAAAGAGGUCAGUAGUAGGGUUCUGGCCACUCAGACUUUGUGUUAUUUACAUUGAAAGUUGAAUUUUAUUCACUAAUGUUGUGCUCUAGGUGCUAAAAAACAUUCAAGAAAAUGUGAAAAAUUGCUGUAAAUACUGUAAAAUGAACAGGGCUUGAACUUUAUUAUGUGUAGGAGUGAGUGUAAUCUUUUAGUCUGAUGAUGAAUGUACUUGAUCUCUUGGUGAUGAAAUCAUACCACUUCUGGGGAAGAAAACCCAAGCCACAGAAAUGGAUUUGAAUUUUCAAACAGUUGUCAGCUGAGUUUAUGUUGGCAGCUUGACCUCAUUGGUAGAGGGUAAUUUGCUGGGAACAUACUGGGGCUGUACAUUCCCUGUAGGUCUAGUGUUUCAGUUGGUUUUUGAAGCAGUGUGUGAUGAAGUGAAACCCCAUAGUAGUGCUGUUACUUCUUUUCACCUAAGAAAGAUGGCUGUUUCUCUUCAGCCAUGUUUUCAGUGUGUCCAGGAAUGUAUAGGAAGUGUUAUUUGGAAGGGUUUGCCUGGGAAAUAAUGAUCGAUUUUGCUAGAAGUACUGUCCCUUUUAACAGUCAUGUUUUGCUUUGCAGCUUUUUUUGGUUUGUGUUGCAUAGAAGUUUUGUCAGGAGUUACUCCAGCUAAUGGAGAAAGAACUGGUUUGUUUAUCAGCAGUAAAAUUAACAGUGUAUAAAUAGCUGUAUGACUUGCCUGACAGAGUGCUAUGAACAUACUAGGUCAACAGUGUUUGGGCACCUCCUAGUCACAGACUACCUUAUGUGACCUCCCAUGUUUCUUCACUGUACAAAAAAGGGUGACUGGGGGGAAAGGCCUAGAAAAUUGCUAUUACUAGCACUCUUCCCUUUCCCCUUUGUUUGGUUCAUUUUGGUGAAAAGGGGUGGCUGAUGGACCUACAUGGAGUUCUAGUAGCUGUGCAGCAGGUUUCAAGUGGAAGUACUUUGAGGUACACUACAGUAAACAGACUUCACCUGGUUACGUCUUCUAUCUCUAUCUGGUUUACUUAAUAAAGUUUUUUACUACA